UAUCUCAUCUCUCUCUCUCUCUCAAUCUCUCUCUCUCUCUUAGCGUUAUGAUCCUAGCACAACGUUCGUCAAAUCGACGUUUAUGGAAACUUAUUAGGGUUUUAAAUUCGAGAAAGCGAAAUUUGAAACCGACACCAAUGAAUCGGUUGAUUCUUCUUUCAACCUAGCUUUCAAAUUUUCUGAUUUUUUUUCAUUUCCAUCUACUCAGUAAAUUCUUUUGAAGAUUUAUGUGUUCUUGUUGUUUCGUUGCUGAGAGCUCGAAGCUACCGGGAAGUUCGGAAGAAAUGAUAGUUUCUGUUCGAGUGUUAUACUUCUGUUCGCUAUAGUGGAGUGAAGAUUUAAUAACUUGGAACCGUAGAUUCAGUAAGGUGGCUGUUGUUAGCAGCUAGAGAAGUAGUUUUUCGGAUUUGUUUGAUUGGAUUCAAUUGGAUACUGAAGUUUUUCUGUGAGAAAUGGCUUGUGAAGCUAUACAACAGUGGACAUUUAAUGGAUUAGUGGCUGCAUUUCUUGAUCUCGGUAUAGCUUAUCUUGUAUUAUGUGCAUCAAGUCUUGUUUUCUUUACUUCCAAAUUUCUUGCACUGUUUGGAUUAUGUCUGCCUUGUCCUUGUGAUGGCCUAUUUGGUAAUCUUAGUAGUGAUCACUGCUUCCAAAAGAUACUAGUGGAUCGUUCAUCCAAAAAAGUAUCUUCUGUCAUUCAUUCGGCUAGAGAAAAGUUACCAUUGAAUUCCAUGUGGGAUCAAGAGCCAAAAUGUUGUUUUAAGUCAACGUUGAUGCACGAGAGGAAUGGCAACAAGGCGCAUGUUGAAUCAGAAGGCGAACCAUCUGAUGAUUCCUUUUCUAAAACCAGAUCACUGCAAGCUAUGAUUUAUGGAGAUUUUCACAGUGUAAAAGAAUCGCGUUGUAACGGCGAUGUGGAUCACAAGAAGGUCAUGUCAGUGUCUCCAAAUGACAUUUCACAGUUGGAUAUGGAAGAUCUUUCUCUGUCUCCUUCAAGCUUCAGUGGAUUUGGGGAUAAUAAUACUGAGGACGGCUUCUUUUCUGUUGAUUCUGGAGAUGAAAGAGAGGAGUCUUCAUCAGACAACAGCGAUCAAUGUAAAGUAUUUCCCGAUGAGAAAAUAUGGGCGGAGAAGUUCGUAGCGUCUUUUGAAGAGGCAGGGAGCAAAUGCAGAGGGGAGCUAUGCUUGGAUGGUAAUGAGAGUGAUACAAUCAAACUAUUGGAACAAGCACUUGAAGAAGAGCAGAUGGCUCGUGCAACUCUGUACCUGGAGCUUGAGAAAGAGAGAAGUGCUGCUGCCACUGCUACUGAUGAGGCCAUGGCUAUGAUAUUACGUCUUCAGGAGGAGAAGGCAUCGAUAGAAAUGGAUGCUAGGCAAUACCAGAGGAUGAUAGAGGAGAAAACUGCUUACGAUGCUGAGGAAAUGAGUAUUCUUAAAGAAAUUCUAGUGAGGAGAGAGCGGGAAAUGCAUUUCCUCGAGAAGGAAGUUGAAGCGUUUCAGAAAAGUUUCUUUGAAGAUGAUGGAGUGGAUGUUGAUAUGCUCGACCCGGAAAUUACACCACAAGGGGUCCCUUCUUUCGCCUAUUCGAGUAAAGGUCCAUCUCAUAUGCUUCAAUGCAUUCAUAGAUCCAUUAGAGACAAGCAAGAUGCAAAUUACACAAAACGUUCUUCACAAUAUGAGAUCCCAUCAAUUGAGUUGCGGAAGUUAACUUUUGAAUUUGAGGACGAGUCGCCAUUUAUUCACUCGGAUGAACAUGCUGAUGCUGCAGAAGCCGGGGGCAUGUUGUUGCACCAAGCCGCUGAUAACUUCAUGAUUAAAGAAGAGAAUGACAAUGAGUUACAAGAAAAGGGCAUGGUGGAAGAUGAAAAUUUAUACAUUCUGCAAGGAGAAGUAAAUGAACUGGAACCAUAUCUGCAAAGCAAUAUGUCAAAUGGUCUUGAUAAAGUUGAGAAAUCCACGGAACUGGAACCGAUUGCAGAUGAACGAGAAAAAGUCGACGAAGUUUCAUAUGACGGGUUGGCAUCAGCUAAAACAAUUAUUCCCUGUGUUGAGUACAACUUGGAAAAGAAUGGUGACCAUCAAAAGCAGCAGCCAAAAGAUCUCGACUCUAUGACCAAUAUUGAUCCCCAAUCUCAUGAUAUUCAUGUCAUUGAUGAAGAAGCUAGCACAUGCGACGACGUUAGUGCCGAUGCAAGCAAAGAACCGGUGAUCAAUGGUACCUCGAGUUUUCCAGCUAACUGUUAUAGUCCAUCCUUCAGCUUGUUGCAGAGUGAACUAGACAUCACAAGAAGCAACUCAGAUGCCUCCGGUAGAUUUCCACCAUUUGCUCGUUCUCGAAGCAAUUGCUUGCGUUCCGAAUUGCGUAGAAAUUCAAUGUCUGCUGUCGAUUAUGAAAGGUCUAAAAUUGGCGAUGAAGUUGAGUCGCUCAGAGAAAGGUUGAAGAUUGUUCAGGAGGAAAGAGAAAAACUCAGGUUCUCUUUGGAACACAAAGACAAGGAGAACAAUCAGUUACAACUCUUAGAAAGUAUAACAAAUCACCUUCGUGAAAUCCGGCAACUGACGGAUCCUGGAAAGGCAAUUCUGCAGGCUCCAUUUCCUCCAUCCUCUAAGGGUGUGUCAAAGAAACGAUGCUGGCGAAGUUCAUCUUUAAGCAUUCACAGAAGCAGCUAAUUUGAAAACUCCCACCAAAAAAGGAAGAAUAAGAAUGAAACGAAACACCAUAGAAGAACAUGAUACAGCAGGAUCCUCCAGGUUAGAAAUUCUAGCUUUUUUGCCCCCACUGCCAUACAAACUCAUAUGUAAAUUGGGAAUAAAUUGAUAGCUUUUGCCUCCCUUCUGUACAUUCUCUAAAAAAGUUCGAUGUGCCUGAUAGAAUGUACCAUCUAGUUGCUAUAUGGAAAGAUGCAUGAAAGCAAUACGUUAGAUA